UUCAAAUUUUUUUUUCCGACUCCAUUGAAUUCAUGUAUUUUUGUUCAGGCGUUUAAAGUCUUGAUCCCAUCGCUAUGUCUUCCAAAGAUUACAUGAGCGGCUUACCAGAUUGUCUUAUAAGCCACAUCUUGUCUUUUGUUUCCAAUAAAGAAGCUGCUUCCACUUCCGUUCUUGCCAAAAGGUGGAGAUAUCUCUUUGCUCUUACACGUGAUCUUCAUUUCGAUGACUUUGUCUAUCUGAAUCCUGAAAAAAAGAGCAAAACUUCUAGGAGUUUUGUGGAUUUUGUGGAUAGAGUGUUGGUUUUGCACCAGAAUGUUCCUUUAAACAGAUUCUCCCUCAAGUGUGAAGAUGUUAUUCAUCCAGCUAUUAUCACUAGUUGGUUACUCAAGGUGAUGGACCGAGGUGUGUUAGAUCUUGAUCUACAAAUCAUCUCUUCUGAUAUGGAUUGUCCUCUCCCUUCUGAGAUGUUUGUGAGUGAGACUUUGGUUAAGUUGUUUAUAAGAAUUUGUGGGGUCCUCGCCAUUGAUAAGGAUAAAGAUGUUUUUCUUCCAAAGGUUAAGACACUGCGUUUUGACCAUGUCAUUGUGAAAAACAAUUUCUUUCGUAAGCUCCUGUUAGGUUGUUAGGCGCUUAAGACGUUAGUUCUUAACAAUUUUUUUGAGGUUAAGGGCUCUUAUUCUGUUUCUCAUAACACACUCACGGGACUAUCGGUUUGUUGUUCAAGAAUUUUUGAUGUGAACCCGAAGAAAAUGUCGUUUG